CCGCGAUUCCGCCGCCAAGUUGGGUUUGUUGAACAAGCAAUAUAUAUACAAAGAGAGAGGUACGAACUCUGAAUUCGCACCCUAGUUUCUGACGACAGAAUCUCCUCUCUCCAAAUCCAAGAAUUCGCUUCCGUCUUCUCGAAUCUAAGAAACCCAAGAGAUGGCCCGUACCAAGCAAACCGCUCGCAAGUCCACCGGAGGCAAGGCUCCAAGGAAGCAACUUGCUACCAAGGCUGCUAGGAAAUCAGCUCCUACCACCGGAGGCGUGAAGAAGCCCCACAGAUACCGCCCUGGAACUGUUGCUCUUCGUGAAAUCCGCAAGUACCAGAAGAGCACAGAGCUGCUGAUCAGGAAGCUCCCAUUCCAGAGGCUGGUUCGUGAAAUUGCGCAGGACUUCAAGACUGAUCUGCGUUUCCAGAGCCACGCAGUCCUGGCACUGCAGGAGGCUGCUGAGGCGUACCUUGUCGGGUUGUUUGAGGACACUAACCUGUGCGCCAUUCAUGCCAAGCGUGUCACUAUUAUGCCGAAGGAUAUCCAACUUGCCAGGAGAAUCCGCGGUGAGAGGGCUUAAGGGAUGAAGAAACAGAAAAGAUGGAACUAGAAUAUGUUGUGUUUUUAGGGUUUAUAGUUUCUUGUGUUUAAUGUGUAAUCUUAAGAAGUCGAGACAUGGUUUUCAUUGGUUGCAAUUGUAAUUGUGUUGAACCUCGUCGAAGUUCUAUUGACUUGAUAAAUGCUGUUUGUAUUUGAAAUUUUACUGAUUGGAUGGUGAUGGUUUGCAGUA